UAACUUCUUUUCUUCUGGGGACUCUCCAAAACCCUCCGCCUACAGUACCCGGUUCGCAGAAACAAUAAUAUCAUGGACUAGGGUUUCCGCGGUAUACUUUAUCGUUGCAUCAUCCUGUUUUGCUUGCCAGGAGUAAGUAGGGUUCAUCUGCCACUUACCGUGCUCACUUGUCCAAGCUCUCAUGGCGGGGUCCCGAGUUCAGGUUAAUAAAGCUCAUAAGAGCCGCUUCUCUUCGAAAGCUUCUCGUCAAGUUCACAAAACUUCUCGAAUAGAUAAGAGCAGAAUUUCCAAACCGGAACGCAAUGUUGUCACGGGAGCUCGUGCUGCUCGGAUACAGCGUAACAAGAUGGCACGGGACCAGAAACGAGCUGCACUUUUGAAAGAGAAAAGGGCCUCAAGUGGAUCUUCUAGCCCACCCCGUGUUAUUGUCCUUUUUGGACUUUCUGCCUCUGUAAAACUAAAUGCAGUUGCAAAAGAUCUUUUAGCAUUAUUAUCUCCAGAGGGUACAGAAGCCAGUUCUGCAACAGUUGCUUCUCCGAAUUACAAACUUCGAAUAACAGUCUUGAAAGCACCUCAUGGAGAUUUAUUAUCAUGCAUGGAAUUGGCCAAGGUUGCUGAUUUGAUUGCUUUCGUAGCAUCAGCUAGCUUGUAUUGUGAAGGAGGCUCCAGUUAUAUUGACUCCUUUGGAGCUCAAUGCCUCUCUGUCUUUAGAGCCAUUGGUUUACCUGGCACUGCUGUGUUGCUUCGUGAUCUGCCGGUGGAGCAGAAAAGAAGACAAGAGUUGAAGAAGAUAUGCUUCUCUAGCCUCGCAUCUGAACUUCCUGAGGAUUGUAAAUUUUAUCCAGCAGAUACAAAGGAUGAGUUGCAUAAGUUCAUAUGGCUUUUUAAAGAGCAAAGGUUAACAGUUCCUCACUGGCGAAGCCAACGACCUUACCUUAUGGCCCAAGAGGUUGAUUUGGUACCUGAUGAUUGCAAUCCAGGAAAGUGUACCCUUCUCCUAUCUGGUUAUCUCCGCUCUCGCAGUCUCUCAGUGAACCAGCUAGUUCAUGUUUCAGGUGUAGGGGAUUUUCAGUUGGGCAAAGUAGAUGUUCUCAAGGAUCCAUUUCCUUUGAAUGCAAAAAAAGGGCCAAACUUUAUGGAUUCAGACGAGGUACAGGUUGUUCACUCUUUAGUUCCUGAUCCUAUGAAACAAGAACCUUUGCUUGUUGAGAACAUUCCGGACCCUCUUGCAGGAGAACAAACAUGGCCAACAGAAGCAGAAAUGGCUGAAGCUGAUAUGAUUCACAAGCGGAAAAAGUCGAAAAAGAAGAUGCUUCCCCGAGGAACCUCAGAGUACCAGGCUGCUUGGAUUUUGGAGGAUACAGAUGAUGAUUAUUCAGAUAGCAAUGAUGAUGGGGAUGAUGGUAUGGUAUUGAAUGAAAGAGGCACUGGUUUUUCUGCUCAGGAAGGAUCUAGUCAUUGGGAUCUUGAUGAAGACCAAGCUUCCCUCUCACUUAAUCUCAGAGAUUCUGAUGAAGAAACUGAAGCUGAUACAGCAAUGACUGACGGUGAAAACUUGACAAAGGAGCAGAUAGAGAAUGAGAUCCGGAAGAUCAAGGAUGCACAUGCUGAAGAUGAGGAAUUCCCGGAUGAAGUUGAUACUCCAUUAGAUGUUCCUGCUCGAAGACGUUUUGCCAAGUAUAGAGGCCUUAAGUCAUUUAGGACCUCUUCAUGGGAUCCCAAAGAAUCUCUACCACCCGAAUAUGCUAGAAUUUUUGCAUUUGAUAAUUUUGCAAGAACACAAAAGCAUGUUCUUGUAAAAGCUCUAAAUAUGGAGCAAGGAGGUGAGGAUGAAUGUAUAUCAACAGGCUCUUACGUGAGGAUUCAUGUCAAGGAAGUUCCACUUGAUGUUGCAUCCAAACUUUCUGUCUUGUCACGGACAUUCCCUGUUCUAGCAUGUGGGCUCCUCCAGCAUGAGUCAAAGAUGUCUGUCCUUCACUUCAGCAUAAAGAAACAUGAUGCAUAUAAUGAUCCUAUCAAAUCCAAAGAAUUGUUGAUCUUUCAUGUUGGAUUCCGCCAAUUUGUUGCAAGACCAAUAUUUUCUUCUGAUAAUAUAAACUCAGAUAAGCACAAGAUGGAGAGGUUUCUACAUGCAGGACGCUUUGCCAUUGCUUCAGUUUAUGCUCCAAUAUCUUUUCCACCCCUUCCUCUAAUAGUCUUGAAGAGUGGGCAAGGGGAGGGUGCUCCUGCUGCUGUUGUUGCCCUUGGUUCAUUAAGAAGUAUUGACCCAGACAGGAUAAUUCUAAAGAAAAUCAUCUUAACUGGUUAUCCUCAAAGGGUGUCAAAAUUAAAAGCCACAGUGCGGUACAUGUUUCAUAAUCCUGAAGAUGUGAGAUGGUUUAAGCCUGUGGAAGUAUGGACAAAAUGUGGUCGCCGGGGUCGCAUAAAGGAGCCUGUUGGUACACAUGGGGCAAUGAAGUGUAUCUUUAAUGGUGUUGUUCAACAGCAUGAUACUGUAUGUAUGAGUUUAUACAAGCGUGUAUACCCCAAGUGGCCAGAACAGCGGUUUACAAUUCUUGAUACUUGAUCAAGGAGUUGCUGCUGUUGUAACAGAAGUUGAGAGAAGAGACAUUUUAUUGAUGGGGAUGAAGCUCUGGUUCAGAUUUAUUUUCUUUUUUUUUUUGUAAAUCUCAUAUUUGCUAUAGUAAGCAAUAUGUGGUUUGAGUCUAUCGUAUAGUUAUCAAAAUCUUGGUAUUUACAAUAUAAUUUAUUAGGGAUUCGAAUGAUGAAUCCCAAGGAUUUUGUUUUAUAUCUUAUUUUUGAAUUUUGAAUUUUGAAUUUUGAUUCAUUAAUCAUAUGAUUUACACCAA